CAAAUACAGAGAGGGCUGCGUGAUCCGUGUCGCCUGCUCGUGCUCCUCAUCUCGUCACGGUCUGUCCACGCGAAUGCCGAACGACUGCCAGUCAUGAUCUCCGCCGAGACGCGACACCUCCUCCCGAGCACGCUCCUCCUGCUGUGCAACCUCGUGGUCGCGACGUACGCCCGUUCCUGGGACUUAGCCGUGGUGAUCGGGAACGAAAUCGACUUUUUCGCGCGAAACAGUACACCUAUGGGCCAUGCCAGCAUCGGAGAAGCCGUUGCUUUAACCGGAGUAACGUACGAUGACACCACUCGAACGAUGUAUUUGUCUGACGUAAGGAACAACGUAUCUAUAUUCAGCAACGAUCUCACGGAGAGGAAUUUCACGUCAACCCCUCUGCUGAAGAAAGAGAACGGAAUGCACAUCGUCGGGAUCGUUUUCGACACGUCGUCGCGCACUUUGUUCUGGGUCGACGCCUUGAAGGACAUCAUCGCGCAGAUGCACGUACCGCUGAACGGUGAACUGGGUGAUCCUGUCGUUUUGCACAAUCUUACCGGGAGCAGCCCACGUGGUAUCGCCCUCGACGUGUGUAACAGCCGCAUAUACUGGGUGAACAGUAAUAUCUCAAAUCCCAGUAUCGAGUGUUCUAAUCUCGACGGAAGUGAUCGGACGAUUGUCAUCAAGGAGAAUCUAUAUGAGCCCCUAUCGGUGGCGAUCGACCAUGCGGAGCGAAAAUUGUACUGGAUCGACGACGUCGAGGGGAUCCACUUCAAGAUCGAGCGCAGCAACUUGGACGGUAGCCAACGGGAACUGCUGGUCCAUAGCAAGCAUCAGCAGCCGGUUUAUCUGGCGGUGGACAGUGAAUCGAUAUAUUGGUCCGAUUGGGUCUACAGCGCGAUCUGGACCAUGCCGAAAAGCGCCAAGGCUGGGGAUAUCCCAAUCAAAUUCAAAUCAUACUAUGACUCGAGAAGAGAUGCCGAUCCGGCCGGCAUCGUGACGCGCGACAACGUCGGCCAGAUCGAUUGCGCGACGAUUCUAUCGACGAUAGAGAAGAGAACGAACCUAUCGGUGUCAGCUCCACGAUCGGCGGCCACAUUCAAUAAUUUAACUACCAGCACAGAGGAAUCGGAUUUGACCACCGAGAGCUCCAAAUACUGCCUAAACGACGGCCAUUUGAACAAAACGAGCAACACGUGCCGGUGUAAAGCAGGGUUUAGCGGACCCUUUUGUGAAAUUUCUCUCUGUCACAAUUACUGCCUCCGUGGUAAAUGUAUUGUAAAUCAUCACGGACUUCCUGAAUGCAUAUGCACAGACACAUUUAGCGGCACCCGCUGCGAGACGGAUGUCUGUAAUGAUUACUGCCUUUACGACGGUGAGUGUUCCGUCCAAGAUGGAAGGCCAUCUUGUAGCUGUAAAUAUUCCAAAGGGACCCGAUGUGAAGAGCCGGACGAUAUCGCGGAGAUCUGUACAAUCUAUUGUGCGAGCGAUCGCAUUGGAUCACACAGCAUCAGUUUGACGUCGUGCAGGUGUACAGACUCUAAUCAAACAGCUGAAAGAAUUACGCUUAGCGACAGUUUCCAGAACGGUACGCUGCUACCAAUAUUCGUAGCCUUCACCGCUCUGCUUCUUGUAAUGCUCGCCAUACUCAGUUACUAUGUGAACAAAUUACGAAGGCGACCGCGAAUCAAGAGGCACUACGUGGUCAGUAAGGGCGUUACGCCGCUCACGUCCCGACCGCAGAUACCGGAUCAGUGUGAAAUUACCAUAGAGAAUUGUUGCAACAUGAAUAUCUGCGAAACUGUGAGUGAUAUGUCAUCUAAGUAACGCCCUAUGGUAAUUGAUAGCAUGCGUAGCGUCAAGGCUUGCUGACGCUAAAGAAAUUUAAGACCGAAUCUCCCGAUGCCCGUUCUCCUCGUGUUUCGGAUUUCCUUUUGCUUCGGAUGCAAAAUCAUGAAUUAUGACUCUUCACAAUCGCGGUUAUCAUGCUCUUAUAAUUACGAUAAGUUAUUAGAGAAGAAAUUUUAUUUGGCUCUGUUGACAAGAACACGCGAUUGCACGACUUUUUAACUUCGAAGAACGCAACGAAAUAUUUUUCUCAAAAUCUUCUCACUACUUUUAAUUAGGAUUAUAGAUGACUCUCUAUGCUUGGAUAUCUUCCUUUGAAAGAAGAUGUUCAAUUAGUUUGUGCAUUAUGAAGUACGAAUUUUUAGGCUAUUUGCGUAUCUCUACCUUAAAAAGAAACUUAUUAUACGCUAUAUAAUAACUGUCACGGAAAUGACGGCUUUCAGAACAGUAUUGCGUUAGUAUUGUUACGUUGUGACUAAUUCUAACUGUUUGUUUAUUAUUUUAAUAAUUUUAUUUAACUGCUGUUAUAUAAAAAAUGCAUGGUUACUUAAAAAAUAAAU